AUGCUAUUUUAUUCUUUCUUUAAAUCGCUCGUCGGCAAAGAUGUAGUCGUUGAACUUAAGAAUGAUCUCAGUAUAUGCGGUACUUUGCAUUCUGUUGAUCAGUAUUUAAACAUUAAACUGUCCGAUAUAAGUGUGAUCGACCCAGACAAAUAUCCUCACAUGCUAUCAGUGAAAAACUGUUUUAUUCGUGGUUCCGUCGUCCGUUAUGUUCAAUUGCCUGCUGAUGAAGUGGAUACUCAACUACUCCAAGAUGCUGCGAGGAAGGAAGCGACGGUUUCCACAAGAUAG